UUGUGGUAAUUCAAUUUCGUGUGGUGAUUUUAUUUAAUUGGAAAAAAAUAAUUAGAUUUUAGAUUUACUUGUGAAUGAAUUGCAUCAGAAUUGAAAGUAAGAAAAUAUUGUCGGUUAGGUUAUUUAUUUGUUAAAUUUUCAUUGGAAAACGCCUUGGCGUCAUGGCUCAUUGAAUGUCUAUGUGAAUACACCACCAAAGCCUCAAGAUGGCUGAAGUGGACCCAGAGACGUUACUGGAGUGGCUGCUCACAGGGCAAGGAGAUGAGCGGGAUAUGCAGCUAAUAGCACUUGAGCAGCUUUGCAUGCUGCUAUUAAUGUCUGAUAAUGUAGAUAGGUGCUUUGAGAGUUGCCCUCCAAGGACCUUCUUACCAGCCCUGUGUAAAAUCUUCUUAGAUGAUUGUGCACCAGACAAUGUACUAGAGGUGACGGCUAGAGCGAUUACCUAUUACUUGGAUGUAUCAGCUGAAUGUACAAGGAGAAUAGUAGCCAUUGAGGGAGCUGUGAAAGCCAUAUGCAGUAGACUACUCACAGUUGACCCUAACAACAGAACAAGUAAAGAUCUUGCAGAACAAUGCAUCAAAGUAUUAGAGUUGGUGUGCACUCGCGAAGCCGGCGCGGUGUGGGAGGGAGGUGGUUUGCCUUCAGUGCUGCACUUUAUAACUCACCACGGCACUUCUGUGCACAAGGAUACACUUCACUCUGCCAUGGCUGUAGUGUCGAGAGUGUGCGGUAAGAUGGAGCCGGGUGACGCACGCGUGGGUGACGCGGUGUCAUCGCUGUCAUUGUUGUUGCGUCAUAGCGACGCACGUGUGGCUGACGCUGCGCUGCGUUGCUUUGCGUCACUCGCAGACAGAUUUGCACGCGCGCACGCUGACCCGGCGCCGCUCGCCGAACAUGGUUUGAUCGAAGAAUUAGUGCGUCGUCUAGGUACUACGGAGAGCUCCGACGAUAAAUGCCUCAUGCCUUCAGUUUCCACCACCGUCAGCCUACUAUCAACGCUUUGUCGUGGCUCUGCACAAAUUACACAUGAUUUAGUUCGGCUCGAUCUAUGCUCUGCCAUAGAAACAGCGGUGCAAGCAGACGAGCGUUGGUGUCUGGAGUGCAUGCGUCUCGUGGAUUUGCUACUCGUUCUGCUUUGUGAAGGACGUCACGCCAUACAGACUGGCUCAAACCGCAUGGGUUCCGCGUCUGGUUCAACCAGUAACGGCACAAGCGGCGAGGGUUCAAGCGGCACCCCAACUCCCGGCACCACCACCGGCACCCGCGGGGACAAGUCGCACCGGCAACUCAUUGACUGCAUCCGCGGGAAGGACACCGACGCUCUCAUCGCCGCUGUUACCAGCGGGACAGUGGACGUCAACUUCACAGAUGACGUGGGUCAGACGCUCCUCAACUGGGCUGCGGCCUUCGGUACGAGGGAGAUGGUAGAAUUCCUGUGCGAUAAAGGUGCCGAUGUAAACCGCGGGCAGCGUAGUUCGUCGCUUCAUUACGCAGCCUGCUUCGGCAGGCCGGCCAUUGCCAAAGUGCUGCUGCGGUACGGCGCUAAUGCUGACUUGCGCGAUGAGGAUGGGAAAACACCCCUUGACAAAGCGAGGGAAAGACAUGAACAAGGUCACAGGGAGGUAGCAGCUAUAUUGCAGUGCCCCGGAGAGUGGCUAGUCGUUAGUAAUCAUGAUUCGCCAGCUUCUUCGAACGAUGAAGAUUUUCCAGACACUGGGGACAAGGAGAUGGCUGCUAUAUACCUGGAACGAUUAGUGCCAGUGUUCUGCGCGCGGUACAUAGGCGCGGGGGCUGCGGGCGUGCGUCGCGCGUGUCUGUCGCUUGUACGCAAAAUGGUGCACUACGCGCCCGCACCACGACUCCGCGCGCUGUCUACCCCCCGCAUAGCUGCCCUACUCACGAGACUCGUCGCGCAAGUGCUAGACACUCAGGACGAUUCACCCGCCCGCCGCUCGCAGCCCCGCUACCUGCGCAGCCGCUAUAUCCGUCCGCCCGCGGAUGACGACGACGGCCAUUUGACCGUAUUAGGGAUCGCGGAGGAAUUGAUGAUUAAAGCCGCUGACAUAUAUCUCGAACAAUUCGCGCGGCUGGGCGUAUUCAGCAAAGUGGAGGCUCUUGCAGCGUCGCAGGCAACGCUCCUCACUGCUGACGGAGAGACAGUUAUAGCCGCAGGAACAUGCGAGGACGCCACGUCUCUAUCCAGCGGGUGUGCCUAUUGGUGGGGCGAAUGGUCACUGUGCCGUGGUCGCGAUGCACUCUACGUGUGGAGUGACGCGGCUGCCCUUGAGCUUAGUACCGGCUCAAAUGGCUGGUUCCGCUUCCUUCUCGACGGGAAGCUGGCCACAAUGUAUUCCAGUGGUAGCCCUGAACACCAAACCGAUAACACAGAAAAUCGUGGUGAAUUUAUUGACAAACUCCAGAGAGCAAGAGCUUCGGUAAAGAAUUCCACGCCACAAAGUAUAUUGUCAAGACCCGCCUCAACCAAAUUGAUACUUGGCAACUGGGUGCUAUCAUGUAGAAAGGAGAAAGAACUUCAUAUUCAUAACACCGAUGGACAGCAGCAAACAACAAUACUGCGAGAAGAUUUGCCUGGGUUCAUUUUUGAAUCUAACAGAGGCACUAAGCAUUCGUUUACAGCUGAAACGUUUUUAGGGCCAGAAUUGGCUAGCGGUUGGGCAGAUCGCAGAUCAGCUGCAGCCAAUAACGGAAAUACAACUCAAAAUCGUAGUCGAUUCUCCGCAAAGACUGAGCAACAGAAGGCACAGGUGGGUGAGCGUGCACAUGCGUUAUACACACGACACUUAGCGAGCGCAGCCGGCCUACAGCCACGAGCGCCCGUGGCCCGACUACGUGCUCUGCUCGCUAAGCUACAACGUCUUGCAUCACAGCCCGCUGGCGAAUGGCAGAGUGAAUUAAGAGAAUCCCUCGACCAGUUAACUGAGCUUCUAUGCGGCGAAGAGUUGCUGUCUGCGUACGAAUUGCAAUCAUCGGGGUUGGCUCCGGCGUUACUGCAAGUGUUGUCGCCGCAACCCAAUGAUAAACCGGGCCAGCUAGCUGAGCGAGAGCGUAUUGUUCGCGAGUGGGCACUACCCGGCUCUUCGACCCACGAAGGGAAGGAAGCGUUGGAGGGUGACGAAGAGAAUGGUACGGGCGGGACCGGCGCAGCGUUGGCGACUCGCCUCGUUGGCGUCUUAGAGAGCGUAGAGCGUUUGCCCAUACUAGCGCCUUCGCCCGACGCGCCUGCCCACCAGCCUGCUGCACUACAUCAUCUCACUAAACGAAUAAGGCUACGUGUGGAACGUUCGAAUGACGAUACAUCCGAGGAGACGGUUACAAAUAAUAAUGCAGGCCGAACCUUAAAAGUGGAAGCCUUGACCACCGUGCGGCAGCUUGAGAGAUUCCUCGCCAAGUGUGUCGCUCGACAGUGGUACGACAUGGAGCGAUCGUCCUUCAACUUUGUCCAGAAAAUAAAGGCUGAGGCACCUGUUAACUUCACAUAUGAUCACGAUUUUGAUGAAAACGGCGUGUUAUACUUCAUCGGAAGCAACGGAGGCACGUCCGAAUGGUUGAAUCCUGGUGCGCACGGUUUAGUAAGCGUUUGGACUUCGGAUGGGCGGCUGCUUCCUUACGGCCGCGCAGAGGACGCCCUCUCAAGGUCCCCCGAGCCACUGAACGUUCACACAAAUGACGACAGGCGGGCGUUUAUUGCCGUGGAUCUGGGAUUGCAUAUAGUUCCGUCAGCAUAUACGUUACGACAUGCAAGAGGAUACGGCCGAUCCGCGCUCAGGAAUUGGUUGUUUCAAAUGUCAAUGGACGGUGUUAGCUGGAGCACACUGGUGGCCCACGUCGACGAGCAGGCCCUGCAGGAGCCGGGUAGUACGGCCACGUGGCGGGUGCGUGCGGACGCCGCGUACCGCUACUUGCGCAUCCAGCAGAAUGGCAAGAACGCCAGCGGGCAGAGUCACUACCUUUCGCUUUCCGGCCUGGAGAUAUACGGCAAGGUGGUAAGCGUAGUGGAGACGCCACCACGCCAAGUGGGAGGCACGGCGGUAAGUGCGCGUCGUUUGUCGCGCGGCAAUCGCGCUCUCUGCGCCGGUGCACGAGUGAUGCGCGGCCCCGACUGGAAGUGGCGUGACCAAGAUGGCACCCACCCCGCAAUGGGCACUGUCACUUCGGAUCUGCACAACGGAUGGGUGGAUGUCAGGUGGGAUCAUGGAGGGCGUAACUCGUAUCGAAUGGGCGCGGAAGGUAAAUUCGAUCUGAAGGUGGUCAGCGGCGGUACAGGCGGCAGUGCUGGGGCCGCGGGAGAGGGUGCAAGAUCAUCCCGCAAGAGUCAUUCCACGCCUAGUCUGCCAGACGCCACGGCUACCGAUCAACAGGUGUCAGUGGCUUCGACAGAACAAGCUUCAUCUGCUGACAAUAUAUCGGAGGAAGUAGGCGGUAAUAUGGCUCGCCCGCGGGGACACGCUGCCGAUCUCUCUGCAAUCAAUAGUUCCACACAUCAUAUCAAUACAGAUUUAGCAACAAUAGUAGAAUCACUCACACUUGGUGCUGAGGGCAACAACUGUAUGACUGAUUUGGGCAAUACUUCCUUCACCAAUAUGGAAAUGGGACCAACAAGCAUCACAGAUAUUACUAAACCAUAUCCAGCCAAAGAACCAGUACCAGAUUCAGCGUCACAAGAGGAGAGCGAAGCGCGCUGUUGCGACGGCGACGCGAUGCGCAACAGCGCCAACGCGCUGCUCUCCAGUGAGCUACUGACGCUGCCCGCGCUGCCGGCCUCGCUGCUUCACACGCUGCGCAACAAUGCUAACCGCUUACACAUACAGUGUGAAGAAAACGAGAACGGCGAAGGUCAGUUUAGCGAGCACAAAAAGGACGCCCAAGCGACUGGUGGCGCUAUGAGUGCUAGCGAACCGGAUCUCACACAACAGGGCGCGGCACGUCUGCUGGAAUCUCUGGGAGUUGCAGUGCGCGGAAGCAGCGUUGGCCGCGGUCGCGGCGCAGUCGCUCGUUCUAACCACUCCACUGGACUGUUCCCCAGCCUGGUUCGACUUGCGUUGUCCAGUAACUUCCCAGGCGGACUGUUGUCAGCAGCACAGAGCUAUCCCUCGUUAGCACCGAAUGCUCAAAACGCACUCACUCUAUCUUUAACAUCCACUUCCAGUGAGAGCGAACAGGUAUCGUUAGAAGACUUCCUUGAGUCAUGCCGAGCGCCAGCGCUACUUACGGAAUUAGAGGAUGACGAUGAUGGCGAUGACGCUAUGGAUAGUGAUAAGGAAAAUGAAACUACAUAUCAGGAAGUAGUUUCCCGCAAUUUACUAUCGCUCAUGGAAGAAGAGGCGUUAGAAGCGGUGAGAGGCGCGGGCGGUGCAGUCGGCGUAGUUGGAGCAAACGGCACUCGCUCACGAAAGCCCUGGGACGAUGAUUUUGUGCUGAAAAGGCAGUUCUCCGCGCUUAUACCAGCAUUCGACCCUCGUCCUGGACGGGCAAAUCUCAACCAGACUGUUGACCUCGAUAUACCCCUCAAUGAAGAUUCUGACGUCGAGGAAACAGUUGAGGAAUCUACGAGUGUUGAUGUAAAGACACCUGAAACCAAUGGCAACAUUCCUCUAACGACAACUAGCAAGCUGCCUUCCCUAAGAUUGGUUCUGAGCUCCGGAGAAGUUUCAUUGCCCCUCGAGCGACCUUCGUGGACCAUUUACAGAGCAGUUCUAGCACUUAAUUCGCGCCUUCCUUCUCACGAUACGCAUAGAGAUACGACUUACACGCUUACAUAUAAGGAAAUUGAGGGUGUAGAAGCAUUUGCAUCAUCCAGCGAUAGUGAGGAUGACGAGCCUGGUGACCCCGCAGAACGUGGAGUGGCUGGUGCAGACGGUGCAGAUACGGCCGAGGGCUCAAUGGUAACGUGUUGCGUUCGAGCGCUAAGACGGUUACGUGCCCUAUUACCCGGCCUGCCUGCGCAAGCCUUCCUCUCUACCAAGCUCACGAACAAGUUGCACCACCAGCUUCAAGACCCGCUCUCAUUAGCAGCUGCUGCCACUCCGCAUUGGUGCCAACAACUGAACGAUUGGUGUCCAUUCUUGUUCCCCCUCGAGACGAGACAAAUGUUCUUCGCGUGUACUGCUUUCGGAACCUCGCGGACUAUUGUAUGGCUGCAAGCACAACGGGAUCGAGCUUUAGAGAGGCAGAGAACAGGCAACACUGUGUCACCAAGGCGUGCCGAGUUAGAAGCUUCAGAGUUUCGAAUGGGACGUUUAAGGCAUGAAAGAGUUCGGAUACCCAGACAUCCUAACUUGCUGCGCUCUGCUUUGCAGGUGAUGCAAGUGCACGCGGGCCGCAAAUCUGUGCUGGAGGUGGAGUUUGCGGGUGAAGAGGGCACAGGUUUGGGCCCUACGCUCGAGUUCUACGCUCUCGUAGCUGCUGAGUUGCAGCGGACUGAUCUCUCUAUGUGGCUUUGUGAUGGACCUGCGCCUGACCUUGACCUCGCCCCCCUACCUCUUACGUUGCCUGAUGAAAAACCGGCGGGCUACUAUGUCAGCCGUGCAGGAGGUUUAUUCCCAGCGCCUCUACCACAAGACUCACCUAUCUGUGAUAAAGUUUGCAAAUAUUUCUGGUUCUUAGGAGUAUUUUUAGCUAAGGUUCUACAAGACGGACGCCUAGUCGACCUACCUCUUUCUGAUCCGUUCUUGCGAAUAAUGUGCGGUGAUGAAUUGACAAACAAUAACUUACAAGAAAUUGAUCCCAUACGACAUAGGUUCCUAGAAAGUGUACUUAAGGCGGCUGAUCAGUACGAUGAGCUGAUGCGAGAUGCAUUGCUAUCGGCGGAGGAGCGCGAUAAACAAAUAGCUGAAAUACAAGUGGAUGGCGCUAGUUUCGAUCAGCUCUCGCUCACCAUGACGCACGUGGCUUCCAACACUUCGCCCGAGCUCGCCGUGCAUCCACUCUGCGACGGUGGGGAGCAUAUUGAGGUGAACCCGUCGAACGCGCGCCUGUACGCGGAAAGCGGCGCGCGAUGGAUGGUACGUGGCGGAGUGGCUCGGCAGACUAGUGCGUUCCGGCGCGGCUUCGGCACCGUGUUCCCCGCGCGGCGACUGCGCGCUUUCUCGCCCGCAGAGUUGCGUCUUCUCCUAUGUGGCGAACGGGGCCCUGCAUGGACGCGCGACCACCUGCUCUCCUACACCGAACCCAAGCUCGGCUAUACGCGCGAUAGCCCCGGCUUCCUACGGCUCGUGGAUGUGUUGGUGGAGAUGUCGUGGCGCGAGCGCAAGGCCUUCCUGCAGUUCGCCACGGGUUGCAGUAGUCUACCCCCCGGCGGUCUGGCAAACCUGCACCCCAGACUCACCGUGGUCAGAAAGGUUGACGCGGGCGACGGUUCUUACCCUUCGGUGAACACAUGCGUGCACUACUUGAAGCUGCCGGAAUACUCUUGCAAAGAGGUGCUGCGGGAGCGGCUAUUGGCCGCCACUAAUGAACGGGGCUUCCAUCUCAACUAGAUACAAUUACACGAUACUUUAAAUAAUUUCAAUUUAUGCACUGUACUGCGAGGUGAUUGGCUAAAACAAGCUUAAUGUGGAUGAAUAUCUCGGAAAUAAAUACAGGUCAUCCAAGUGUGGCUAAAAUUACAUGCGAGUUGUUGCAUUUUGUUUUAUUGUUUAAUGUACCUAUUAUAACUUAAGUUUAACGUUUAUUACAGUAAAUUUAUAUUAUUUAAGUAAUAUCAGCACACAUUCGCAUGUAUUUAUGUUAAUCCUCUGUGCGAGGUUUAACACGACUUAUUCUUUUUGACUUAUUUUUCCACCCUAAUAUUAGAAAAGAUUAUAUUCAUUUUUCUAUAAAUAUAAUCUAUACAUUAUGUAUAUUGAUGCUACAUAAAUUAUAGAACGUUAGCAAAUAUUGAAUGUUGUUAAAUGAUUUAAGUUGCAUAUAGUUUGUUUUUACGAAGAGGCGUUUUUUACUAACUUUGUAAAGUUUCGAUGUAAUAGUUGAUUUUUCCAAUAAUCUCGCAUAGUACAGAUUGCUAAGCGUGCACAGGCAACUGUUGCUUUAUGUGCGAUUCGCUUAUAUAGACUUAAUUAUGGUUUACAUUGUAUCGCUUCGUUUGUACGCAUUAAUAUUAUAUGUGUCGUGAUUUCAUAAGGUUCUUAGAUUAAUGGACUGCAUAAAUAAUGUUAUAGACUUUUUUGUAUAAUUAAGUAUAUUAAUAAAGUUUUUUUUUUUCAUAUGUGUCACAGUGGUGUGCGAUAGAUAGUUCGUAUAGCUUAACACAUAUUUUCAUGUCUGAUAUAUGUUGAAUAAUCUUAUAGUUUGAGAUUUUGUGGUCCUAGUGUUAGUUUUCAAUUAAAAAACGUAAAACCGGAGUUGUUUUAAAUUGUACUAAACUUCAUGUAGAAAACAUGAAGUUUGGUGAUCUUUACGUUUAACAUGACAGUUCUACUCGCGAAUGUGACUUUUUUAGAGUUACAGUGUCUUAUUUAUUUACGUCCAUUUUCUAUAUUCAAUUUGUCUGUAUUCUUUAGAUAUAGUUGGUAAUAAACCUAUAACAUAUAUUAAACUAAUAACGUCAUAUUUACUGUCAUAAAGUCCAAACCAUUUUUAAUAAAUUACAACGUUGAAGUAACUAAUGAGAAGGUUGUUAAUCAAUGGUUUUCUAAAAGAGCUGUCCAAGGAGUAUUAUUCUACUUUAUGGAUUAGGAUAUAAUUGUUUGUCAAAGUGUUGACGUCUCUGGUUAAUUUAAUGCAGUAAGUUCUUUUGACACCACUGUGUCGUGUCACAACUGUUUGUAAACAUUACAGUUUUCUGAUGACAGAUAACGACACGGAGACAAUAGUAAUGUCACGAAAAAUUAUAUGCUAGCCUUCUGCUUUACACUAUUUUUUAUCGUUAAACGAAAUCGUAGUCUUAUAUGAGCUGUCUAUCGCCACUGUUUCUUUAAGCAGCUCUUAAUUCGAUGCUUCGAAUAGUUUUAUAUUAUAAAAAUAUUUCCAACCUAAAAUAAUAAUUGUCCGACGAAAUACGUGCAUAUUUUAGUUUUUAAGUGCUGUGCGUGAAAUCACGAAUUUGCAAUCAGAUGCUAUACAAAUUUAUCUUAUAAUGCUGAGGCGUGACAUUUUCCUACUUUUACAUGUAGUCCAAAUGAAUGGGCAUGUGAUCUGAGGAGAAUUAUUUAAAACUUUUGGCAUGUUAUAUUUAUUUAAUAUAUCAAAAUAUAAUGAGUAUAGGGGUUGUUUACACACAUGAUAAUUUGAUAAUAAUUAAUCUAUCCAAAUAUUCGUCAUAUAACUAAUACCACUAUCUAUUACCAAUUUAGGACUGAAUUUGGUAUUUGGCAGGACACGACAAAUUGGGAGUGUCCGCGACAGGUACAUUGCAAGCUUGUAUUUGUGAUUUCUACACAAUAUAAUGCUUAGUAUUCUAGCAUCGUGAGUGGUAUUCGCUAUCGUUAUUUUUACAAUAAAUUAUAUAAAAGACUACUACCAACUAAAUUCGUAACAACCUUCACGUAGUCAUGAAUAAGAACCUCUGAGGGUAAUGACCAUUCUGAGAUACUUUGACGAACAUACGAAUUUGCGGAAUUCCUGUGAUGAGCUCACAGGAAGUCGUUUAUAUACAGGGUUAGUUUGCGACCAUCUACAAUUAAUAUUCAUCGGUGGUUAAUCAGUAAAUAAAUAAUUGACUGGUUAGCUUUUUAAGGUAAAUUUCUAAAAAUACGUAAUGCGUGCACCCGAACAGGUACGAGUCCACUAGUCUUCGCGUUUUAAUUCAUUUUUGGAAGAUUCACAUGUCACGUUAUUUUACUACUUAUUGAUUUAUUAACGAUGUUUUUUAAAUCUUAAUAUUAGAAUAUUGCAAGGGAUUUCAAAAUUAUUUCUUUUUAUAAUGAAUUGUAAGAAUAACGAUAGUAUAUUGAUAGCCAUAUAU